AUGCCCCUCACUACAGAGUCCCUCCACUCGGCCCAGGCGGGCGACUUCGCGAGGUACGCGAGCCGCCGGAGCGUCGUUCACAGCACCAAGGGAAUCGUUUCCUGCUCACAGCCCUUGGCCGCGAAAUGCGGUAUCGAAGUGCUUCGCGCCGGUGGCAAUGCCGCUGACGCCGCCGUCGCAGUCGCCGCCGGCCUGAACAUAACGGAGCCCUGCUCGACCGGCAUCGGCGGCGACAUGUUCAUUCUUUUCUACGACGCCGCCACCGGCAAGGUCUCGGCUAUGAACGGCUCCGGCCGCUCCGCCAAGAGGGCCACCCUCGAGGCCGUCCGCAAGGACCUCGGCAUCGCCGACGGCGCCUCGGGCAAAAUCCCCAUGAAGAGCGUUCACGCCGUCACCGUCCCCGGCGCCGCCGCCGGCUGGAUCGACACCAUCGAGCGCUUCGGCAGCGGCAAGGUCUCCGUCGAGCAGGUCCUCGCCCCGGCCAUCGAGCUCGGCGAGAAGGGCUUCCCUGUCUCCGAGCUGACGAGCCACUCCUGGAACUCGGCCGAGAGACAGAUCCGAGAGGCGUCGCCCAACUUCUCGGAGAUGCUCAAGAAGGACCCCAAGGCGGCGGACGGCGUCAGGGCGCCCAACCCCGGCGAGAUCAUGAAGAACCCCACCCUGGCGCAGACCUUCCGCGCCCUCGCCAAGGACGGCAAGAAGGGCUUCUACACGGGCCGCGUCGCCGAGGAGCUCGUCAAGGUCGUCAAGGACCUGGGCGGCCGCCUCGAGCUCGACGACCUGGCGUACCACCUCGAGAAGGGCAGCGAGCCCGUCGACCCCAUCUCGCUCAAGUUCAAGCCCACCCUCAAGAGCCAGGCCAACGGCCACGGCGCCGAGACCAACGGUGACGACGGCGCCGUCGAGGUCUGGGAACAUCCCCCCAACGGCCAGGGCAUCGUCGCGCUCAUGGCCCUCGGCAUCAUCCAGGAGCUCCAGGCGUCGGGCGUCGUCUCCGCCUGGUCUCCGGAGGACCACAACACAGCGCCCUACCUCCACGCCAUCAUCGAGGCCCUCCGCCUCGGCUUCACCGACGCGAGCUGGUACGUCACGGACCCCAACGUCGUCCCCGUGCCGUCGGCCGCCCUCAUCUCGCGCGAGUACUCAGCCGCCCGCGCCAAGCUCUUCGACCCGAACCGGGCCACGCAGACGCUGCACGUCGGCGAGCCGCCCAAGCACGCCUCGCCGGCGCUCCGGAGCAGCGACACCGUCUACUUCACCGUCUCGGACGAGCACGGCAACGCGGCGUCCUUCAUCAACAGCAACUACGGCGGGUUCGGCACCUGCAUCAUCCCCCGCGGCUGCGGCUUCACGCUGCAGAACCGCGGCGCCAACUUCAGCCUCGACGCCGACCACCCCAACCGGCUGGAGCCCGGGAAGCGGCCCUACCACACCAUCAUCCCGGCCAUGGCGACGAACCCGUCCGACGGCUCGCUGCACAGCGCCUUCGGCGUCAUGGGCGGCUUCAUGCAGCCCCAGGGCCACGUCCAGGUGCUCCUCGGCCAGCUGGUCGCCGGCCUCACGCCGCAGCAGGCGCUCGACGCGCCGCGCGUGUGCGUCGUCGCCGGCCUGCCCGACAGGGACGCCGACUUCGACUGGACCGUCAGCGUCGAGGAGGGCAUGCCCGAGGAGACGGUGGAGGGCCUGCGCAGCCUGGGUCACAAGGUCGAGGUCGUCACGGGGUCUGAGAGGUCCGUCUUCGGCCGCGGCCAGAUCAUCAGGUAUAGCGUCGACCCGGUCGAGGGGACCGGCGUGUGGUCGGCGGGGAGCGACCCGCGCGGCGACGGCGCCGCGUACCCGGCGCUGUAG